AGUAUGAUAUUAUUACCUACUUCCAGUCGCUUUAUGCUGAUUAUUGUAAGCAUCCUUCGUGUUAAUGUUUUAGGGCGUAGAAGUCGUGUUACAAAUAAAACGAGAAAUAAACAACUUAACACCGAUAUAAGAAAUAGACUAGUAAACAAACUCUUUAGCAUACAAUGACCUUGUUACACACUAAAACUCAUUUUUUCUAUAUGUCAGUGGAACUUCACUAAAAUGUCAAAAUAAAAAAUGCUUACAACGUUGUUGUUUUGAAAUUUGAAUUUCUUUAUUGUGUUUCAGGACAGUUUGUUGAAAAUUCUUUGUAAGCUGCUAUUUAGAAGAUAUUUUAUUCCAAAAGUUUUCCAAAAGAAACACAGAAAUCAUAAUGAAUUCCGUACCGGUUGCGUUGAACAAGGCUGCCAUGCGUAAAUACGAAGAUCUUGAAGUACCUUGCGAUGCAAUCCUCGCGAGUUACGUAUGGGUAGACGGCAGCGGAAUAAAUGUCAGAUCGAAAGACAGAACGUUUGAUUUCAUACCAAAAUCUCACAAAGAUUUACCUGUGUGGUAUUUCGACGGAAGCAACACAGGCCAGGCAACAGCUGACAACUGUGAUACAUUUAUUUUCCCUGAAGCCAUAUACCACGAUCCUUUCCGUCGUGGAAAUCACAUAUUGGUACUGGCUGAUACCUACCAAUACAAUUAUCAGCCGACAUCCACAAAUUACCGCAAGACCUGCGUAAUGCUUUGUGAGAAGGGCGAGGUAGAAGAGCCUUGGUUCGGCUUCAACCAAGAGUUCUUCCUUACUACCACAGACGGGCGACCCCUGGGUUGGCCUCCUGGUGGAUUCCCAGCACCUCCGGGACCCUACUACUGCGCUAUUGGCGCGAAUAAGAUCGUGGCGAGAGAUUUAAUGGAAGCGUUUUACAGAUGCUGUCUUUACGCUGGUGUUCAGAUUAAUGGAAUAAAUCCUGGUACAACGCCUUCCCAAUGGAAUUUCCAAGUGGGUCCAAGUCCAGGUCUGAGAGCUGCUGAUGACCUUUGGAUGGCGCGGUACAUUCUGUCUCGUCUUGCCGAAGAAUAUGGCACCGUCGCCAGUUUUGAACCACAACCUGUACCUGAUUGGCCAGGCAACGGCACCUUGACUUAUUUCUCUACGAAAGACAUGAGAAUUGAAGACGGUAUUCUUGUGAUAGAACGGGCGAUUGAUAAAUUGGCUAGACGUCACGGAGCACACAUUAAUGAGUACGACGCUAACAACGGGGCUGACAACGCACGCCGGCUCACCGGAAAGUACAAUAUGCCACACAUUCGGGACUUCACUGCAGGGGUGGCGAACAGAAGUUGCAGUGUCAGAAUACCUCGUCAAGUGUCUGAAGACAAGAGAGGCUAUCUUGAAGACCGCAGGCCCGCUGCCAACGCCGACCCUUACAGAGUGAUAUGUAUAAUGCUACGUACUUGUAUAUUCGACGAGUAAUCUAGACCACAAGUUUGAUGUUUUCGAAUUGUUUAUUAUUCUUUGUUACAAAUUCAAUUACGGCCAUCUAUAAUAACACAAACUUCAGUAAAAUAUAUGCUUAGAAGGGCAUGCGCACACCACGUUUUUAAACGUCCCUUUAUAGUGCAGUGCAGUUUGUUGCCGUUUGUAUUGAUACGCGUAUUAGCAUUGCGAUUGAAUAGAUGCAAACGCGUGAUACCGGCGCAUCUGUGUCGAUGCACAUCACGUUUUUAAAAUCCGCCGUUUCGCCGCGCGUUUUAGAAACGUGCGUCGGCACGCGUCGCUCUUUUAUGCUACAGAACAGUUUGUUUUCGUCUGUAUCGCUUAACACGCCUCUGUAUCGAUUUAAACGC